GAGCGCCAGAACAGCAUAGAUCCGCUUCUGCAGCAAUAGACCGAAAAGAUGUUUGCCCGUGCCGUGAAAGUCGCUGCUAGCCAGGGAGCCAAGAACUUCUCCACCUCGAGCCAGAACAAUGUCAAGGUGGCCGUAUGUGGUGCUUCCGGAGGUAUCGGUCAACCGUUAUCGUUGCUGUUGAAGAACAGCCCGCUUGUAACGGAACUGUCGCUGUACGAUAUCGUGCACACUCCCGGAGUGGCCGCCGAUCUGUCGCACAUCGAAACACAAUCGAAGGUGACUGGUUACAAUGGGCCGGAAAACUUGGAGAAGGCUCUGAAGGGUGCUGACAUCGUCAUCAUUCCCGCUGGAGUUCCCCGUAAGCCUGGCAUGACCCGUGAUGAUCUGUUCAACACGAACGCUUCGAUCGUUCGCGACUUGGCGGCUGGCUGUGCCAAGGCAUGCCCGAAGGCGCUCAUCGGUAUCAUCUCGAAUCCGGUCAACUCUACCGUUCCGAUUGCCUGCGACACCCUGCAGAAGGCCGGAGUGCUGGACCCGCGCCGUGUGUUUGGCGUGUCGACGCUCGACAUCGUACGCGCCAACACGUUUAUCGGUGAGGCGGCUGGAGUUGAUCCCCAGAAGAUGGCCGUUCCCGUCAUCGGUGGACAUUCGGGUGUCACUAUUAUCCCGGUGCUGUCUCAGACGAAGCCAGCGGUGAACUUCCCUCAGGACAAGAUCACCGCACUAACCGAGCGCAUCCAGGAAGCCGGUACGGAGGUCGUGAAGGCGAAGGCUGGUGCUGGAUCGGCCACGCUCUCCAUGGCAUACGCCGGUGCUCGUUUCGCACUGGCUCUGGCCCGCGCAAUGAAUGGCGAACAAAAUGUUAUUGAGUGCGCCUACGUUCGAUCGGAUGUUACCGAGGCCAAGUACUUCGCAACGCCGCUGUUGCUGGGAAAGAACGGUCUGGAGAAGAACCUGGGUCUACCUAAACUGAACGCUUUCGAGCAGGAACUGCUAAAGAAGGCCAUCCCGGAGUUGAAGAAGAACAUCCAGAAGGGAGAAGAUUUCGUAAAGAAGAACUAAAAAGCCACUGGUACCUGCCGGGUUUUGCCCUACAACGUCUAUCGAUUCGGUUCUUGUAAAAAGCAUUUUCCAAGUCGAUCAAUCAUGAGAACCAAAGUUUUCGGUAUCCUCCGACACACAAUGGUAGCAUAAUGGAAAGUGAACAGCAGCAAAUACUCCCUUAUUAGGAUACGUGGACACAUCUGCUAUGAAUCAGUCUUAUAAAGAUCCGCCAUAGUCCUUAAACAAGAAUGAGCCGAAUUCAAAAGGGAAUAAAGUGUAAUUUAUUUGGUACAAAGUA